ACCCUCGCGCGGUCGCCCCUCAUCAUCUUCAACGUCUCUCCAGCUCGUCUUCGCCUUCUCUCCCUCUUGAAUCCCUCACCGGCGGCGAUUUAGGGGUUUCCCACCGGUACCGAUCCCCAGCGACUCCGGCCGGCCGCAGGACUCCUCGCUGCGCCUAUGGAGGGACUCUUCCUCAUCGACGUCUCCACCGAGGACGAUCUUCUCUUCAACCUCGUCUCACCGGCCCCGCGGCGUCCCGAUCCGCUCCACGCAGAGUCUCUAGUGGGAGCCGAGGCAACCUCCUCCGGCGUUUCUCCAUCGGCGGUGGUUCGGGCUACGGAUCCGGACUGUGUGAUGGAGGAGCGGGAAGAUCCCGAGCGGACGGAGUCCCCGGAGCAGCGCAAGGCCAAGAAGGGGGUAAACCUCCGCAAGAGCUUGGCUUGGGACAGCGAAUUUUUUACCAGUGAAGGGGUUCUCGACACUGAGGAAUUAGCCAUUGUAAACAGCACCUAUCGUAAGGCCCAAGGUUCCAGGCUGCCUGGAAUCAUUGAGGAAACGAGGAGAUCAGGGGAGUCAACAACCUCAACUCUGGAAAGUGAAACCUGGGCGAUGGAAAGCCUUGAGACUGAACUAUUUGAUAAUGUCCGUGCUUCGAUCCAGAGAUCUCUUGGCAAACCUGAUAAACUUUCAGGUCGGCCCGUUGCUGCCUCAAACCCCCCAAAGGCCACAGCAAAUGCACCUCGUGUUGCAGCUAGAAAAGGUGUUGAUCGGAUGCCACAGUCAAAGAUGAGGGCCCCUGUUUCAACAAGCCAAGGAGCUGUUAGCAGACAAAGGCCCCAAGUCACCAUCAACGAGCCUGUGGCUGCAAGAGAUAAGAAUUUAACAGGAGCUGCAGAAGCAAAGAUAUCCUCAAAGCCUCCUAGGGCUUUGCCAAGAGUUGCUAUGAUGAGAUCAUCAACUAAUACAACUGUCACCUCUAGGGCUUCAGACAAAAGAAACAGCACUGGGGGUGCUGUCAACAGGCAGGCAGUUGGUAAAACUGCCAGUACUUCAGCUGUCCUGCGAUCUGGCAGGGGUACAAAUUCCAGUUCAAUCUUGAAAUCAGGUUUCUUCACAUCAGCAGCAACUUCUUCCCAUUGUAUGUUGAUGGACACUAAGCCAGAAGCCAAAACUAAAUCAGCAACACUAAGCAUCAAGAAUAGACCUGCUCAGAGGGUCCCUGUUCGUCCGUCAUCAAAAUCUGAUAUCAGCAAAACUAUACCCUCAAGAUCAUCAGGGAACAGGAUCCCAGCUAAGGGCCAUGCUGACCGUGCAUCACCAAGCAUUUCACCUAGCAGCUCCAUGGACAGCAUGAGCUCUGUGAUAUCUGGGGCUUCAACUGCUUCCACCGUAGGGAAGAUGAGUCAUACAUCCGAUAAUUUGAAUGCACUGUCCCCCUCCCUCAGGAAGAGCAAUGACUGCCAUCCGAAUCCAAAGUUUAGGCCUCCUAUUGUCACAGAGGGACAUUCUUCUGGAACAGCAGCAUCUAGAGAUAAUUUAAAAGCUACUGCAGAAAUAACCAACCAGGGAAAAGGCCUUAAGCCAUCGGGGCUUCGGAGACCCACACCCAAGAUUGGUUAUUUUGAUGCUGAGAAUUAUAUUGACCAAAACAUCGGUGCACAAGUGCAACCACAACUUUCAAAUAUCCAGUGUCUACCUACUCAGAACAUGAAUCUGAAUGCCGCACCAUCUACCUACGGCCAACAGGAAUCAAAAUUGACAGCAGCACCUCAUGAGGAAAGCUGUGUUUCCAAAAGUAAGCUGAUGACGCCACUGUCUCUUAUGGUGGAAGUAGAGCCUUUUAAGGUGGCCGAACUAGCUUGCACAAACCUGACUGAUCCAGUUGUGGUCAGACCUGAAUCUGUGCAACCGCAAUCCAUGGAGAUCCAGUGCUUGCUACCUGCCACACCAAACCCUCAGCCAACCUUUCAUCAACAAGUAUUAAAACCUAUAGCAGCACCUCUUGAAGCUGUGCAAAUGGAAGUAGAAGCUUUUAAGGUGGACAAACCUGAAGCGUGCAUACACCUGUCCAGUCCAGUUGUCGUGAAGCCCGAAAACAAAUCCAUUGACCAAAACGCUGGAGCACUGCUGCAACUGCAACUUGUCGCCGAACCUGAAUCAUGCACGCGCAAGUCUAAGACAGUGGUGGCUGCAGACUAUUCCAAGGAGAAUAUUCCGGCUUUGAAUCAGAACAUACAAGCUAAUGGCGAUGCGAAUUCGUUAGUUGAGUUACUUACCCAGAAGCUAUCCUCCAUUUCCCUUGGGGAGGCUGCCCCUAACGUGGCCCCUAGGUCCUGCUGGGAAUAAGGUUUGGACACUAUGCUGUUGGUUGUUUCUGAUUACCCUCUUUGUUAUCUGUAGGCAAAGGCAACCGCCGCUGAGGAACCUGAUUUCUUUCUCUGCUUGUGGUGUAAAAUGCUUGUACACAGGGCUUUAUAGAAUUUCACUUUUCUAUUGUAUGCAUAAACACAUGAUCUUUGUCUAUUGCCGGUUUGCAAGUAGCGUGUUAUUGGUAUAACAUUAGUUUAGUCUCUCGAUUCUACGAUAUUACUUCGAUGUACUUGUAUAGCACGAUCUGUUUGUACUACUUUGAGUCCCAAAAAAAUAUAUAAUUUUGAGUUUGGACUAA